AUGAGCCUUCCCAAACUCGAGCUCCCCACAAGCUCUUACGACCAACUACACGUCGGAGGGCGAAGUGCCGGCUUCAGCGAGCGCGUCAGUGACAGCAGAGAUGCACCUGACAGCGACUCCAGCCGUGGCAGCAGUGUAGCGCCCAAAGCCCACUACUCGCCGCCUUGGGCGAACACCAGUAUCAUUGGUAUUGCUGGAAGUUCGGGAUCUGGCAAGACUUCGCUUUCUUUGGCUAUUAUUCGAGAAUUGAGUCUGCCAUGGGUUGUCAUUCUGAGCAUGGACAGCUUCUACAAGCCGCUCACUCCCGAGCAAAGCGGCCAAGCGUUCAGGAAUGAGUACGACUUUGAUGCACCAGAAGCGAUUGACUUUGACUUUCUGGUGGAAAAGUUGAGGGACAUCAAGACUGGGAAGAAGGCAGAUAUCCCGAUUUACUCAUUCGAGAAGCAUGCUCGCCUCGACAAGACCAACACCAUCUACUCGCCACAUGUGUUGGUGCUGGAAGGCAUCUUCGCGCUGCAUGAUGAGAGGGUGAUGGACUUGCUAGAUCUCAAGAUCUUCACUGAAGCCGAUGCCGACCUUUGCUUGUCGAGAAGACUGCUUCGUGAUGUGCGCGAACGUGGCCGAGACAUCGAAGGCUGCAUAAAGCAGUGGUUCUCAUUCGUGAAGCCAAACUUCCACAAAUUCGUCGAGCCACAGCGGAACGUUGCAGACAUCAUCGUCCCUCGCGGCAUCGAGAACAAAGUCGCUAUCUCAAUGGUCUGCGAUCGCGUCCACAAGACCCUCGACCACAAGUCCCAAAUGCACCGCAUCGAGCUGAAACGCCUAGGCAAAGUCGCCGAAGAUGCACCACUGUCCCACAACGUCGUUGAGAUGGAGCAAACCAAUCAAGUUCGAGGUAUCAACACCAUGCUGAUGGAUCCGUCCUUGAUCCGCGAGGAGUUCAUCUUCUACUUCGAUCGCUUAGUCGUAAUGCUCGUGGAGCAGGCCUUUACAUCAGGACUUUGCUACAAAGAGAGGGAGGUAGAGACACCUGUGCCAGGGAGGAAAUACGAAGGCCUGGCCUUUGAUGGUGAAGUCAGUGCAGUGGUUGUGCUUCGUGGUGGGUCAUGUCUUGAGACGGGACUGAAGAGGGUCAUCCCAGACUGCCGCAUUGGACGCAUGCUCAUCCAAUCGAACCCUCGCACGACGGAGCCAGAGCUACAUUACUACAAGAUGGCGCCAGAUGUGGCGAGUCACAAGCGGGUGCUGGUGCUGGACCCGCAGAUGAGUAGUGGUGGUGCGGCGUUGAUGGCGGUCAGGGUGCUGUUGGAUCAUGGAGUGGAGGAGAGCAGCAUUGUCUUUGUGACGUACUCGGCGGGCAGGAAUGGGUUGCAGAGGUUGAUGAGUGUCUUCCCGGGGAUUCGGGCGGUGGUGUGCCGGAUUGUGGAAGGUGAUAUCGAGGUGAGGUGGGUAGAGCAGAGGUAUCUGGGCUGCUGA